AUGUCCAGUGGUAACCCGCGAGGGAAACCAAGAAGAAAUGGAUCUAUUCCAGAUUAUGGUGGCCAACACAUUGUGAGUUCUCAAGUACCCGUUGGUGUGCUACCACCCGGGCAGCCACCACAACCUUUGGUUAACGGAAAUGCUGGGCAGCCAUCCCAGCAACCAAUUUCAUUCGCUAUACCAAGUGUGGACAGUGCGCAUCCACCGCAUACUACAGCCCAGUAUCCCGCUGUUACACGGAUGCCGCCGAGGAAUCUUCCGAAUCCAAGUAUGCAAUUUGCAGCGGGCGAAGCACAUGUUGAAGGUGCACGUCCGCAGCAAGGUAAUCAUCAGAUAACAAUACAUACUGCCAGAUAUCAGACACAACCAGUUCAGACACAACAGAAUUACCCAACUUCACAGUUGGCUUACCCGACAGCGCCACCUAGUUCGAUGUAUAAUUCGAAUGCCAUUUAUGGUGCGCACAGUUUUAUACCCAGCAAUCCGCAGUCAUUUUAUUACCCUCCGGUUGUUGCUCCGGUUUAUUCAUAUUUUCCGCCUGCACAGCCAACAGAUUACAUCAAUCCGGCGGCGGCGGCAGCAGCACGUAUGAAUGUAGGUUACAAUCAAAAUCCCUUCCUGAUGCAAGCCACUGCGGCUGUUACACCACCUACUGCACCACCUGCAACGACAACUACAGCGAGUAUAGCAGGUACUGUAUCGCAGCAACCACAGCAACAACUGACAAAAACUAAAAGAAUUUUGUCAAUAGUUGAUCCGAUGACGAAUGAAGUAACGAAUAAGGAUCAUAUCAUUAGAUCUGAAAAGGAACAACAAAUGAUGCAACAGAAUGUGGAAAAUGCUGAUACUGGCAAGUUUUAA